UUGCACAGCACUAGUCCGAAAUCAGCAGUGCUUAACAUAUUCAACUAUGUGCAAAUACAUCAUUUCGUCUUUGUUUUUUUAGAGCCGUUAAAAUGGAAAUAUGUGGCAGCAUAUUAACAAAUAGCACCAACACAAUAUUCAAAUUAAAGUGUAUUUAUUGCUCCAUCGAAAGCGAUCUGGAGAAUUGGCAAAAGUUUGUUCACCAUACACGCAGCGCCCACCCGUUCGAUGAUGUCGAUGAAGAAGGCGGCGCUCAAAGCGAAAAUGAAAUGGAAGAGCCCUACGAGGCUUACGAAGACAACGACAGCAUCGUGGACAUAAAAGAGGAGAAUGACACAUGGCAGCAAGAUGAUGAAGAGUUUUAUGAAACCGACGAAAUAUUCAAACAUGAGUUAGACCCACAAUCGCCCACAGACACAGAUCCCCCCAAGUCUAGUAUUCAUAUUAUUAGUGUCGAAUCCAAUCAAGAAAGCAAAGACACAGAAACUUAUGGAGAUGAAUCCGAAAGUCAAGAACUGGAAGAAAUACAAAAAAAGGAGGAAGAGGAGACUUCAAAUAACAGCGACAACUAUGAAGACGAUGAAUAUAUCGAAGGCGAUUCCACAGACUCUGAUGACGAAUCUGAAGAAAAUAAGCCCAAACGUAGCAGAACUAAUCCCAUGUCUCUAAAACGCAAGUUAAAAAUAUCCUUCACUCGUCAAAAUCCGCGUGUGACGUACUUUAUCGAGGUAUUCAAAAAACAUCCAUGCUUGUGGAACCCGAACGAUAAAUUUUUCAAACUGGAGAAAGCCCAAAUUGAAGCUUAUUCUGACAUAAUUGAAGCAAUGGAUAAAAAAGUGAACGUGCUCUUCAAUGAAAUGGAAUUAAAGAAAUCUAUACAGCAAUUGUUUAAACAAUACGCAGCGGCAAGGCAAAAGGAGUACGAGACCCAAUUGACAGGAGUAGCUGCACGUUACCUUCGCAAAUGUAAAUUUCUCUCGAUCAGCAAUUGUUCUGGGGAGAGUGAAGACGACGAUGAGACCAAGUCAGAUGUAAUACAACUAAAUUUCAAGGAGAUCAAUGAUAUGACAACGACGUUUAUCGAAACUUAUGCUAACUUUCCGGUGCUAUAUGACAGUUCCCUGCCGGAUUUCAAGUCGGUGGAUGCUCGAACCGAGGCGUAUAUCAAGAUAGCUCAACUGUUGGCGCCAGAGAUGCGUGUUAAUGAAACGGAAGUUUAUAUGGCCGUAUUGCGACUACGUAAAUGGACAUAUAUGACCCUGCGGCGAGUAAAGUCAAAGGAAUUGCGGCGUGCUUGUACGAAAUCAGAACUUCAUUAUCUGCAAUUGUGUAGCUUUCUGCCGCCCAAGUCGGAAAGCUUCGUCAUUAACUGUGAAUAUUGUGAUAAACGGUUUUUCAUUGACUACAGUCUACGUGCCCAUAUGGUCAAGGUACACGAUAUGGGCGAGCUUCCAUAUCUCUGCUCCCAGUGCCCACGUCGCUUCGAGAAGGCACACGACAUGGAGCGACACAAGUUGCGACAGCAUUGUGAAAAGCUGCUCAAGUGCGAAUACUGUGAUAGCACAUUUUCAUUGAAAACCGAUCUAACGGUGCACACACGUGUUCAUACGGGCGAAAAGCCGUAUGUGUGCGAGCGGUGUGGCAAAUCCUUUAGGUUGAAACUAUUGCUCGACUAUCAUAUUAACGGGGUUCAUCUGAAUCUACGGCCAUAUAAAUGCGAUAUAUGUCAUAAUACAUAUCGUAAGAGAGUCCAGUUGAAAAAUCAUAUGAAAGCUCAUUUGAAUAUUAAGGAUAAGAAAUGUGAAGAAUGUGGUGCAGCGUUCACCUGCCCAACUAGCUUGUCUCGGCACCGCAGGACAUGCCAUAAUAUUAAAAAAAUAUAAAAAUAAUAUUAAUUUCCACUUCUCAUUACAUGUUUAGCAUAAGUAUAUAUUGUUAAUACAUAAAUAAAUGAAAAGCGGGAAAUUUCGCGGAGG